AUGGCCGCCACAGUAGCGCGUUCUCACAAGCUAGAGUAUGAUCUGGAAUGGUGGUGCAACCCCUCCGACAACGGACUGGACUACUUUGAACAUGAUGUCGUGGUCAUACGAGAUGAACAACUGGCAUGGUCUUCUGAAUUGCAUCGCAGACGCGCGCGAGAAGAUGCUGUUAGUCAAGGGGACAGUGAAGAGGAGAGGACAAUGAGUCCUUCGACUUGCCGGUCGUUUCACGAGGAGCAGACUCGCCUCACCUUCGGAAUCAUGGAGAAGACGAACGAAACGGCGACCUUGACGCCAGUCCUGGACGAGAAGAAAUUAGCGAUGCAGACGGUCCGAUGCCCAGGUAGCACCAAGAUACCCACGAAGUAUGGGCAUACUGAGCCAGACAAAUGGCUUCAUCUCCUCUGUGGCAAACUUCCCAACUUUCUGGACAUUCCAAAUUCCAAGGUUUGCUGGUAA